AUGAAUCCAUUUGACGAUAGCAAUAGUACCGAUCCGUUUCAGGAUUCACAACCUUCAUACCCUAACAGCGCCUUCACUAGUGAUCGUGCUUCUCCAAGAAGGAGAUACCAGCCAUUAGACGAUGACGAAGAUGAUGUCGAUGGGAAAUUCUUAGCAUUUCCUCAAUCAACGCAACAGCAACAAUCUCCAAUUUCAAGACAAUCACCAAACAUUUUCGCCAGUACUGCCAGAGCUUUUGCCAGUAAAUCAAGCCUUCUCAACACAACCCCUAACUUGAAACACAGUGAUGGUCAAACUCCAAGAGCAAAAUACACUGCUCAAGAGUCACCCAAGAGACAAACAAAAACAGAAUUAAUCAUACCCGAAGACCAAGAAGAUGAGAUUGCUGAAUCGUUACUUCAUGGAUCUCCACGCAGGUCAUUUAGAGCCAGUGCAAUUAGCAGCGAAAGGUUCUUGGAACCACCUCAACCGAUCUUUUCUCCGCAAACAUUUGCUGAAGCUAACCCCGAAGCAAGCGACCAAGAAACUGUCUACGAUUAUGAAUCAUACCAAAAACAUCACGAUCUAGAAGAAAAGUCAUUAUACGCUGCAUCUACCUAUAGCGGCCGCUCUUAUAUCUCCGAAGACAAUAACAACACCAAUGAAAGUAACUACUUUAGCAAUUCCUUAGAUGGGAAUAUUAUGCAAAAUAUCGAUAAUGGUUAUAUACCACCUCGUGAUAAGGUCACCACCAAGAGAAAAGUCAAGUUAAUUGGUGGUCAAGCUGGUAACUUGGUGUUGGAAAACCCCAUUCCUGAGGAAUUAAGAAAGGUGUUGACCAGGACUGAAUCUCCAUUUGGUGAAUUUACAAAUAUGACAUAUACCGCUUGUACUUCUGAACCAGAUGAGUUCAUCGCCAAUGGGUUCACUUUACGUGCAGCAAAGUAUGGCCGUGAGACCGAAGUGGUGAUCUGUAUUACUAUGUAUAAUGAAGAUGAAUAUUCCUUUGCGAGAACUAUGCAUGGGGUUAUGAAGAAUGUGGCCCAUUUAUGCUCAAGACAUAAAUCUAAAGUGUGGGGUAAGGAUGGUUGGAAAAAGAUUCAGGUUGUGAUUGUUGCCGAUGGUAGAAACAAAGUCAACGAAUCAGUGCUUCAGUUAUUGACAGCUACUGGUUGUUACCAAGAUAAUUUAGCAAGACCAUAUGUUAACAACAAGAAAGUCAAUGCCCAUUUAUUCGAAUAUACCACCCAAAUUUCUAUUGACGAAAACCUCAAGUUCAAAGGUGAUGAAAAGAACUUGACUCCAGUCCAAGUUUUGUUUUGUUUGAAAGAAAAGAACCAAAAGAAAAUCAAUUCGCACAGAUGGUUAUUCAAUGCCUUUUGCCCUGUUUUAGACCCUAAUGUUAUCAUUCUUUUAGAUGUGGGUACUAAACCAGAUAACCAUGCUGUUUACAAUUUGUGGAAAGCAUUUGAUCGUGAUUCCAAUGUUGCGGGUGCUGCCGGAGAAAUUAAAGCCAUGAAGGGUAAAGGUUGGAUCAACCUUACUAACCCGUUAGUGGCCUCUCAGAACUUCGAAUACAAAAUGUCAAACAUUCUUGAUAAGCCACUUGAAUCCUUGUUUGGAUAUAUUUCUGUGUUACCAGGGGCUCUUUCUGCCUAUAGGUAUAUUGCAUUAAAGAACCAUGAAGAUGGAACUGGUCCGUUGGCGGCAUAUUUCAAGGGUGAAGAUUUACUUAAUGCCCAUGAGUCCGAAAAGGAAAAUAACAAAACCAAUUUCUUUGAAGCCAAUAUGUACUUGGCCGAAGAUCGUAUUUUAUGUUGGGAGUUGGUUUCUAAACGAAACGAAAACUGGGUGCUUAAGUUUGUUAAGCUGGCUACAGGUGAAACUGAUGUUCCUGAAACCGUGUCGGAAUUCCUUGCACAAAGAAGAAGAUGGAUCAAUGGGGCAUUCUUUGCUGCUUUAUAUUCGUUAUACAAUUGUGGUAAGAUUUGGUCUACCGAUCAUUCCUAUGCGAGAAAGUUUUGGUUACAUGUGGAAUUCGCCUAUCAGUUUGUGUCAUUGCUUUUUUCCUUCUUUUCCUUGAGUAACUUCUACUUGACUUUUUACUUCUUGACCGGUUCAUUGGUAUCUUAUAAGGGUCUUGGUCAUAAUGGUGGAUUUUGGAUAUUUACUUUGUUCAAUUAUCUUUGUAUUUCGGUGUUGACUUCAUUAUUCAUUGUAUCGAUUGGAAACAGACCACAUGCUUCGAAAAACAUCUUCAAAACGUUGAUUAUCUUGUUGACUGUUUGUGCAUUGUAUGCUUUAAUUGUUGGUUUUGUGUUUGUGGUGAAUACUAUUGAAAAGUUUGGUAGUGGUAGUACGUCACAUUAUGUUUUGAUUAGUAUUGUUGUGUCUUUGUUAUCCACGUAUGGGUUGUACACAUUGAUGUCGAUUUUAUACAUGGAUCCUUGGCAUAUGCUUACUUGUUCGGUGCAAUAUUUCUUGAUGAUUCCUUCAUAUACAUGUACAUUGCAGAUCUUUGCCUUUUGCAACACUCAUGAUGUUUCCUGGGGUACCAAGGGUGACAACAACCCUAAGGAAGAUAGAUCUAACCAAUAUAUUAUUGAAAAGAACGAAAAAGGUGAGUUCGAAGCUGUGGUUGUUGAUGUCAAUAUCGAUGAGGUAUAUCUUGAAACGUUGUACAAUAUCAGAGCCAAGAGAUCCAACAAGAAACUUAGUGUGGUGCAACAAGCCAAGACACCACUUGAAGGAGAGGAUUAUGCCAAGGAUGUGAGAACUAGAGUUGUUUUAACAUGGAUGCUUGCCAACUUGGUGUUUAUUAUGACCAUGAUUCAUGUUUACCAACCGGGUGAAACCAGUCGUAACCUUUACCUAGCCUGUAUUUUGUGGAUGGUGGCCAUCUUGUCGUGCUUCAGAGCAAUUGGGUCUGUUGGUUACUUACUUCAAAAUUCCGCCAGAUUUUUUGUUGAAGCUAAGAGCAAAUGGUCAAACAAACGAGCAGGGUACAAUGCUACCAGUCACAACCCAUUAAAUGAAGAUAUAUAG